AUGAAGUUCUUUGGUGUCUCCACUGCCAUCCUUGGUGCUCUUGUCGCUCUCUCUUCCGCUUUACCUGUUACUGUGACGCCUUCCAAUGCUACCUCCAUCAUUGAUAUGAAUGAAAAGAAUGGUGACCCAAAGUCAACUCCAUUCUACAUCACUGCUCCUCUGAAGGGUACUGUCUACACAGUGAACCAGACUGUUACUACAACUUGGUUGAACGGUAUCAACGAAAUGUUUUUGAUUAAUCUCAUCAAGGGUACCAACCCCAGAGAAAUGCAACUCACCAAUGUCUCCUUCCAAGCCAAUGGUAAAACCGGUAGUUAUGCUUGGAUGGUUCCUUCUAACCUUGUCGGCGGUACUUAUGCUUUCCAAUUCGUCUAUAACCUCAAUGGUGCCAUGGCACAAGCUUUCUCCAAUCAAUUCAAGGUUGUCCAUGACGGCGUGGAAGCUGCGACUGCUUGGUCCACUCAAGAGUACAAUACGCUUGACGAAGCCACGGCUACCGUAUCUGCUUCAGAGGCCGAAACAUCGAGUAAGACUAUUUCCACAUCCGCGUCUACCACUGCUACUGUAACCAGUGCUGCCUACGAUGCAAAUGAAGAUGAACAAAUCACCACGGCUUUCUCUGACGAAAGUGAUUAUUAA